AUGGUCAAGCUUUUGGCCUCUGCUCUCCUCGGAGGAUGCCUCUCCCUUGUGGCAAAUGGCAUGGCUCUUCCCAAGUCAGAGCUACGCCCCAACGAGCUCCAUGCACGCUCGUCUUGGAACUUCGAAUACUGGAAUUUCCCAGCAGGCGAGAAUGUGAAAGUGACCCCCGGUGCGGACCUUUGCCUCAUUCAUUACUUGCCAACAAAUUUGGAGAUGUUCCUGGUUGUGGAUCAGCAGCCGUAG